AUGGCUGGUCGGGAAAUCCUCAUAAAGGCUAUUGCCCAAGCAACCCCUAUGUAUACAAUGAAUUGCUUCAAACUCCCAGAUUCUUUGUGUAAUGAGCUGAACUCUUUGAUUAGAAAUUUUUGGUGGGGUCAGCGAGAAAGGGAAAGAAAACUAGCAUGGAUAGCAUGGGAGAAGAUGUGCACACCAAAAGUUGAAGGGGGGAUGGGCUUCAAGGAUCUCAAAGCCUUUAAUUUAGCAUUGCAUGCAAAACAGAGGUGGUGGUUCACUCAAAACACAGACUCCCUUGCCCAUACAGUGCUAAAAGCUAGGUAUUUCCCGAAGUCCAAUUUUUUGGAGGCUCAAUUAGGUAAGAAACCAUCAUAUACAUGGAGGAACUUGAUGGCUACAAAGGAAGUUCUCUGGCAAGGCUUGAGAUGGAAUAUAGGGAAUAGGUGA